AUGUCCGAGACUGCGGCAAACCACCUUGCCGACCAGGUCGCACAGCUCAAUGCUGCUCGAAAUCUCGUUCUCGGCGAUGCCGCCUUCUAUCCGCAGAUCGUGAACGGAAUCAUUCCUAUCAUCGGUGCGCAUGCGCGAUUGGAACUGCGACGAUGGGGAGCGGAGUUUCUGGCAGAAACAUUCGCCAGUCCCGCUUUGGCAACAGCACAAAAGGAACAAUUGGCGGGCAGGGUAUUACAGACGAUACGAGAGAUCAUAGAGUUGCCUGAGGGAGACACUCCGGUCUUGAAGCAUAUAGUGCAGAUUGCGGCCAGCUUGUAUCCGUUGGCUUUUAGACACAUAAUCAAUCAUCCAGAAGACAGCGCUUUGUGGGAAAAUAUGAUGGCUGUCAAGCAGGAUAUCCUGCGCAAAUGGGACUCAUCUCCUUAUCCAGUCAAAGUGUGCUGUAUCAAGUUUGUUCAGCGGGUUGUUCAGGUGCAGACACAUGGCCCCAUUGCAGACCCUAGAGUAUGUGUACAGCCCUCUGACUAUAGUGUUAAUAAGACUUGGUUGUUGUUGACAAUCUCCAGCGGCCCGAGCAUAAUGAAACGUCCUUGGCCAUCGUUCCCAAAAAUCACUCCAUUUUGGCUCUACCCCAUCUCGAGGCGGAAGCCUCUGGCCUGCUCGACAGGCUGCUGUCGGUUUUCCAAGAAGACGCCAGGUACCAUCAAUAACUUUCGAAGCCACACCGCUCAAUGUGCCUCCUCGCUAAUUCUUUCCUGUAGCGAUCCUCUCCUCGUCAAUGCUACGCUAAACUGCCUGGCGGUGCUGAUCCGAAAUCGACAGUCCGUUGGCAACAAGAUCAUCAAUGCUGUUCUGAACUUCUACCCUGCGAAACAGGUGCGCUCUCCACUGACACCUGCUAUCCGUAUUGGCGUCAAGUCGAUGGAACGAACGGCUAGAGCGUUGUUUGUAAAUAUCCUGAAGAAAAAUCCGAGCCAUCCCCUUGCGGGCAAGAUGCAGCACCACAUGGAACGUUUGAUGCAGUCCCGCUUAGAAACCAUAGAUGAUGCAUCCAAGAAGCGAGGACUGCCAUUUGAGCCGACCGAUGGGCUUGAUAAUGCUAAACGUGCCAGACUCGAUGCAGAAACGCCCCCAUUGAUCAAGAUUCCUCCUCUUCCACCAGGUCCUGUCAGUUACGCUCAGCUGUAUACCUUAACAGAAGACUCGGGUCUUUCCUCCUUUGACGUGAAGCAAUUACCACCCGAUCUCCUAGUCAAGAUCGCAGUCCCCGUGCUAGCCCGGGUCGAUCCGUCUGCGUUGAUGCAGGCUGUUGAAGGUGUCCGAGCCAGAUACCAAACUCUUACUCGACAACAGGCCGCAAAACCUCAGGUGGUCGUCCCCGAGGAUGAGGAUGAUGACUAUGAACCUGAAUACCAGCCUACGGAUGUUGCCGUAGCAGCUGCUCCGCAAGCAGAUGUCGUAUCCGCUGAUAUGGCAGAGUUGCAGCCAGAUCUAGUCUCUCUUGGUCCAUUCGUCUUGCCGCAACCACCGCCGUUGACGGAAGAAGAGGCCGCGGACAUUGGUCGCAGCGCCGUAGGAAGAGUCUUUGAGAUGCUCACAUCAGCUGCGAUGGCCCCGAACCCUACCAAAGGAAAAGCCCAGCAGCACCUGGGCUUUUCUCGAUUAGCGGGCAGCACAUUCGACCGUGAUGCUUGGGUUACCUUACUUACCAGACUUGCCACGAGAGCGCCCGCAACUCUAGAAGUUGAUGACAAAAAGACCGAAUCCGACCCACGCGCCAGGAAGACCCCAGCAAUCUCGAAUUUCAUCCGCGAGUCAUUAUACCGAUACAUUCUUGAAGACUUCAGAGCGCGGGUCAACGUCGGGAUCAUGUGGUUGAAUGAAGAAUGGUACAAUGACCGAAUUCAGAUGAAGUUCGCUGCUACUCAGCGAACCGAGGAAGAUGAGGCAUCUAUACCCCUACAUUACGAUCAAUGGGUCCUGCGACUAUUGGAUGGCUUUUUGCCCUAUCUGGAUUCCCGGGAUACCAAGAUUUUCAUCCGAUUUCUCAGCGAAAUACCGGAGGUCACUAUACCCAUCACAAAGCGAGUCUCCAGAAAAAUCCUGGCCAAGUGGCGACCGCACGUCGUAGAACAGCAGCAGCAGCAACAGCAACAAGAACAGUCCGAACAACAGGAGCAGAUCUCCCUGGCCAGCCGCUCAGUACCAGCGGAAAGCACUGCACCACCCGCAGAUGACGGGAGUGCGCCAGCGCCAGCGGACUCCAGCAUUCAGCCGCAAGUAUCUGCCAGCGAAACUUGA